AUGCAAAUGCUGCAGUCGGUGCACACGGAGAAGUUCGUAAAAGAGAGUAUCGACAACAGAGAUGCGGAAUGGGAAGAUAAGCUGGAGGAGGUUACAAAAAAGGUGGAAGUGAAGGAGCAGAAUGCCGUGAGUGCUACUGAGGAAAUAGCUGUUGAAGACCGUAAAGAUAAAAAAGCUCGAAAAUCGAGAAAAAACCCGAAAAGUGAAGACAAGGAGAGUGCAUCGACUAGCAACGUUGGGAAGAAGUUGCGCAUUGAGAGAAAUUAUUGGGUGGAAUAUUGGGACGACAACGACGGUAUGGAUCCCUGGACCAGUACAGUGGAUAUGCCAGCAAAAGUAGAAGCCGACGCUACCGCACCAAUGCAUUAUGUAAUUGUUAUCGACAACAGAUUUGGUAUGCGUGAUGUAACUGCUCGAUAUGCUUCUAAAUUUCUAGCAUCUGACAUGCGAAGACUUCGUGCUGAUCCGGACUGGUGGGCUCAGACAAUCAAAUUAUUUCGAAGUAAGGAUCGAAGGCGUGAGCGUAUGGAGGAUGUUGCAAUUCAUGAAUAUUUGAUGUCGCAGCCGACACCAGCAACAGUUGCAGAGUACAAAAAUCAUCCAUUGUAUGUUUUGAAGAAAGAUAUCUUGAAAUAUGAAGCAAUUUAUCCCGAGAAUCAACAACCGAUUGGACAAAUUCGCGGCAUUGAUAUCUAUCCCCGGAGUUCUGUUUUCCAUUUGGAUGGAUCAUUGAAUUGGAUGAAACAGGCACGCAUGGUUAAGGCCGGCGAGAAGCCGUAUAAAAUUGUGAAAGGUCGAGUAAAUCCUCGUAUUCCGCCUGAACUACGAGAACCACGUUCACUUGAACUUUUUGGCUUUUGGCAGACGGAGCCGUACGUACCACCGAAAGUUGUCGAUGGCCGAGUACCACGGAAUGAAUUUGGUAAUUUAUAUGUCUACAAAAACAGCAUGAUCCCGGAGGGCUGUGUGCAUGUGCGCCUCGAUGGACUUGUCGCGGUUGCGCGUCAGCUCGAUAUCGACUGUGUGCCGGCAGUUGUCGGUUGGGAAUUUCAUAAAGGAGGAAAUCAUCCAAUUAUCGAAGGAUGUGUUGUUUUAAAGGAGCAUGAAAAAGCAUUACGUGCAGCAUGGCGGGAGUUUUAUGAGAGAAAGCAGGUUGCUGCGGAGAAGAGACGAAAAGAACGAGCUGUCAAAAAUUGGCGACGAUUAGUGAAGGGACUUUUAACGUUGAAGAAAUUGGUCGAUGAAAAGUUGGAGCAUGAAACAGCGGUUGAGGUGAAGGCUGAGGAGACGCCAGCCACUGAUGACAUGGCUUUCUCAUGGCCACGAACGGCCUUUAAUUUAUCGGGAACCAGUACUGAAAAGCAUCAACAUCGUCUGUAG